GCACUGAUAGACAGCACUGAUGGGCACUGAUAGGCAGCACUGAUGGGCACUGAUGAGGUGGCAUUGAUGAGGUAGCACUGCAGGGGCGGACUGACAACUCAUGGGGCCCCCGGGCAAUAGGGGAUCAUGGGGCCCCUGUGUCCUCACCCACACCAAAAAAAGCCUAUGAAAAAGCCAAUGAAAGGUACCAGGAGCAUCUCAUGGGGACCCCUACUGACCCCAGUCCCUCGGGCAGUGCCCGAGUGCUCGAUUGGUCAGUCCCACCCC